AUUUAAAAAAUGAUGUAAAUGAUUUUCUUUUUCAGCGGUGAUACCGACAAAKGUUCAUGAUGUCCUUUUAUCAGCCAUCUACUGGAGUCGAAGUAAUGCUCUCAAUCCUCGAUGUUCUUGCAGRCGUCUGCAAUUUAGCUGUACUAGUGCUGAUCGUCCAUAAACCAACUCUUCGUACUGUCAGCAAUAUCCUUGUAUGUGGACUCGCUUUGACAGACUUUCUCAUGGCUGUACUUGUAGUUCCAUUUUCUAUUAUCGGUUACAAGAAUCAGGUCUGGUCAUACAGCGACACUUUGUGUAUCGUCCAUGGCUAUCUCUUUAAUAUGCUGUAUAUUAUCUCUGCUACAUUUACGUCAGUCAUCAGUAUAGAUCGAUAUUAUUCCCUGGCAAGUCCUAUGAGCCACACAGCAAAUGUGAACGGAUKCCAUAUUGUAUGGACAGUGAUAUUUAUUGUACUUCAUUCAGUGUUCUGGGUAAGUUUCCCACUCUACGGACUCGAAGGUUUGCAGUACUCUUUCCUUGCAAGGAACGCUCGCUGUAGCUUUGACUGGGACAUAAGUGGACCUCUUGGUACAUACCUCUUUUUUCUUAUACUCUUAACAUUUGCAGUUCCUCUAUUUGCCGCCGUUGUCAUGUACUAUAAGAGUGUUCAAGCCGCUUUGGACAGCGCGCGCAAAAUACGACCUGGAAAUGUCCAUAUUGAGCGGUUUGCCAACGGUGACUUUACCUCGGUGGCCAAAACAGAAAACAUUGGAAGUUCUAAGGCUGUUUUGACGGUAUCUGUAAUCAUUGGUAAUUUCAUAAUAAGUCGAGCUCCUAUUUUAGUGUGCUCUAUCGGUACUUGGCAUCAUGGCAAUGACUUCUGCUCGUCUAAACUUGAACUUGGUUUUUCGUGGUUACAGUACUUAGGCUCCUUAACCAACCCUUUCGUGUAUGUAUUACUAAACCGACGACUUCGUACUGAGUUGAAAAGUAUCUUAAAAUCUUGGGCGUUUCACCGAGACGAGGAAGARGAAGAACCAAAGGAUAUUUUAGAAUAUUUAAGAAAUCUCACCAACAAUGAAAACGACUCUUCAAUGGCGAUGCGAGACCGCUUUAGUGUUGGCACAUCUCGCUUCUCGACUGAGAUUGAAACACUACAGUUUGGACCUGAAACUAGUGGAGUAAGGACUGGCUCAGGAGAUACUACGCAAUCGAACGUAUGAAUAGAGACAAAUCCCGGGGAAAUAUAACUAUUUUUUAAUGAGUGCGUUUUCUAUGACUAGGAAGUGAACUUUAGUCAACGGUGAAGGCUUUUGUGUAAUUGUGACCUGCUGUGAGAUCGACUCAUUCGCUGACUACAAUUUAUAAAAAUUGUUUUUAAGUUGGAAGAUCAUAUUUAAUAUCAGAACAUAGUAACUAUCAAUACGAGUACCAAGGAUGUCUACCAAUAGGUACUUGAGAACGUCAAGCAUCUACCUUAAAACUCUACCAAUUACUUGGACGAUUGCGAUUUCUCAUUUGAAAUAUGAACAUGAACAAGCAAGAUAAAAAAGAGCAAUCCUUUUUCUUGUAAAAAUGUAUAUAGUUUUGACAUCGUUUCGGGAGUGAAACAUGCCAAUUUGUACCAUCGAUAAUAAGAAAACCCGAUUACACUUAGAAUUUUAAGCUUUAAGUCAAAAUACAGAAAUCUAAAAGUAAUCCAAAUUGGCACCGUCCACAGGCGAAAAAAAUGCGUGUUUUUCUUUCAGGGUAUUUUAUAGAGAUCAAUAUUUGGAGAAUGUACAGCUUAUGUAAAUAUAAAUCAAGUGAUCUUUUUAAGGAAUGAAAAAAGCGUCAAUCAGUUCAGCAAUCGGAAAAAGCCUUUGUGUUAUUCACAGCAUUAUAGACCGGAUCUGAAUAUUAAAUCGAAUCAAGUCAUUUUAUAUAAUAGAAUAACGAAAUAGAUAUUUUAUGGAAGGUUAAAGCUUGAUGGAUAAUUAGCUUUUGAAAAGAAAUUUUUACAAGGAAAAUAAGGAAAUUCUCCCCUUUUUGAUUGCCUUGGCAUGAAAUAUUUUUCUUUCUGAUUUGAUGUUCAAAUAAAUUAUAACACAUUACCAUAUCGCUAUUUUUAACUUUGAUUGAAUACAUUUUCCACCAUCUGGUAAUCGCGAUUACUCAAUAAUGCGUAAUAAUAUAUCUAUCUCUUCAUUUCACGAACGCGKAAAUUAAUAUCAAAAGAUCUACCUAGAAUUUCACUCAAAGUCGGAAGUUUUGGAGAAUUAGUGUUUUUAUGGUUGUUUUUAAAAUCUCAUGAAAUCUACAGACUUUUAUUAAAAGACUGCAUUAAAAGUCUGAGGACAAACUCGCAUAGGCCCCGCUAAGUAGUAAAUUUCUCGGAGCCACUUCAGAGCUUGUUUUUGACACUAAAAAAACUAUGUGUUCGCCGCAAAUUCAAUUGAUGUCAGUAUUGAUUUCUUGAUUUAAUGAAAACCAUGAAAAAAGGCCAUGUAAAGUAAACAAGGUUGUUUUUAUUGGAAUCUAAAAUGAUUGCUUUCUUUUUUCAUCAUUAUUAGCACGUGUCAAGAUUUGACCGCUUCCUUUAUUAUGUUUUGUACUAUUGUAACCAUUUUUUACAUUUCUAUUUAUUGAUACCAUAUCUGAUUUUCAGUGUAAGAAACUUGCGAGAUUAUUACAGUAAUGUAAAUAUGUAAAUAGCACAACCAAUAUCAAUAACAAUGUUCUUUUUAUUAAGAGAUCUAGGUUUGUGGUCAUCAGUUUUAUACUUGAUCAUAUGGAGUCCUUAUGUAAAACAUGUUCUGACUCGUAGCCGAACUAAUAAAGGUAUAAAUAU